CGCGAGCGGGAGCUUCUGGGCGAGGGCCUUUGAGGAGCCGCAAUGAGGUUAGCCCAGUUUCCUGCGACCGGUAUGGAGGAUUUGGCUGGCGGCGGCUAAUAGGCGAGGUGGAUGGAUUUAUACUGAACAGUGUGUCCAGCUGUGUUCCCGGAGUUAAUUAUUCUCCAGAAGGUGGCCAUGAGCAGAACUGUGAGCAAGAGAGAACUCCAGGAAAGCCCCAGCUCAGCAGAAAGCCCUUGCUGCUCAAGCCCUUGGAUGGCUGCCGGGUCCCUGUCUCUCUCUCCUCUUUCUAGCACAUUGGUGCCACCCCUCCUCUUACACUGACACGCGGCUUUGCUGCUCCUGUAAACUGCGCUCUAAAGGCAGAACGGAUCUUCCUGCUGUAAGCGCCUUCUCUCAAUCCUUAGAGGCACAGCUCUGAAGUUGCAAUGGCAGGAAAGAGCUACAGCUAUUACCGGAUGGUGAUAUUUACUGCCAUGUACGUUGGCUACACCCUGUACUAUUUCAACAGGAAAACAUUCUCGUUUGUGAUGCCUUCCAUCAUGGAAGAGAUAAGCCUGGACAAAGAUGACUUAGGUCUCAUCACCAGCAGCCAGUCUGGAGCCUACGCCAUUAGCAAGUUCAUUAGUGGGGUCCUUUCUGACCAAAUGAGUGCCCGUUGGCUUUUCUCCUCUGGCCUCCUGUUGGUGGGCUUAGUCAAUGUGGUCUUCUCUUGGAGCUCUACCGUCACCAUCUUCGCAUGGUUGUGGUUCCUCAAUGGGCUGGCCCAGGGCCUGGGGUGGCCUCCGUGCGGGAAGGUACUGCGCAAGUGGUUUGAACCCUCCCAGUUUGGGACUUGGUGGGCCAUCCUCUCCACCAGCAUGAACCUGGCCGGAGGGCUGGGCCCCAUUGUGGCUGCUCUGAUGGCGCUGAGCUAUGACUGGCGCACAACCCUGGCCCUCUCCGGCUCUCUGUGUGUGGUUGCCUCCUUGGUGUGCCUGCUCCUGAUUAAGAAUGAGCCCUCGGAUGUGGGACUGCCCAACGUUGAGCUGGGGCCCAGGAAAGGGAAAAAGGGCUCUUUGGCAAAGGACAGCACGCUGACUGAGCUGCUGCUUUCCCCAUACCUCUGGGUCCUCUCUACAGGCUACCUGGUUGUCUUUGGUGCGAAGACAUGCUGUACAGACUGGGGGCAGCUAUUUCUCAUCCAGGAAAGAGGACAAUCUGCACUUGUGGGAAGCUCCUACAUGAGUGCCUUGGAAAUUGGGGGCCUGGUUGGCAGCAUUGCAGCUGGCUAUCUUUCGGACAAAGCAGUGGCACGGGUGGGCCUGUCAGCCUAUGGGAACCCUCGACACACACUUCUCCUGUCCAUGAUGGCAGGCAUGUCAGCUUCAAUGUAUCUCUUCCGGGUCACAGUCACAGCCAACUCUCCUAAGGAAAGCGACUCUUGGAUUCUAGUGCUCCAUCCUCUUGCUAACCUAGUGGGCUUAACAGAACACGAGGUAUGGAUCCUGCUGUUAGGAGCUAUCUUUGGAUUCAGCUCUUAUGGGCCAGUUGCACUGUUUGGAGUAAUAGCCAAUGAGAGUGCACCAUCAAACCUGUGUGGAACUUCCCACGCCAUCGUUGCACUCAUGGCAAAUGUUGGAGGAUUCCUGGCUGGGCUACCUUUCAGCACUAUUGCCAAGCACUACAGCUGGGGGACAGCCUUCUGGGUAGCAGAAAUUAUCUGCACUGUCAGCACAGUAGCCUUUUUCUUCUUGAGAAACAUCCGUACCAAGAUGGGCCAUGUACCAAAGAAGGUUGACUAAAGCAUCAGUGGUAGCUUGGCCAUUGAGGAGUCUCCCACUGCAACCAUGGCUUGGGGGGGGGGACAACUAUUAGAUCAGAGGCAGAACCACGCUUUGACAGUGCACCCUUGACCUGGAUGUUUUCUGUAAAAAAAAAUAAUAAUUACCAACUGUCACCAGUUUUUGUCCCUUAAAACAUCAGGAGCUGCCAAAAUGGUUUGGACCAAACUCUCUCCUGCUUCUCCCUGGCAAAGCCAAGGUUUGGCAGUUCUACCUGCAGUCAGAUACCAGCCUCCUCCUGAUCUCACUGGCAACUUGCACAUGGAUUGUAGGUAACCAUUAUGAUUAUUCCUUUCCACUGCCUGGAGAGUAAGGCAUUGUUUUCCACCAUUAACCUACAGAGCUCUUCUCUAGUGUGUUCCUUGCUUCUUGCAGCUUCAGCAUUCAGUUAACACUGAUAACUCUUUUCUAAGACCAUCUGCAGUCCACUGAAGUGUAAUGAAACUGGAGAUGUUCAUAGAGGAGGCAGCCUCACUACUUAAUCUUAGCAUUUUUGGCUAUCGCUAAGCAAGGAAGAACAGGGUGAUGUGUACUUUGCUCAGGACUGGGGUCAAAUGUGGCCCUUCCAGGCCACACACCUACUGUGCAUCCUCUUUUAGUGCGUUUGCCUGCUGGAAUGUGUUCUUGAAUGUGGAUAAUGCCUCUUCCUUGUGUGGAUGGAGGAGAGGGAUGUGUGAGUGCAGGAAAAUUAGGCAACUAUCAAAAUGUACAUUAGUCGCUUAUUCCACUUUUGCCUCUGGCUCCACUUCAUGCAACCCUUGGGAAUGCAGACCUUGAAUUGAAAAAUAUAAAUAGAUUAAAAGGAAUACUUGUGUAAGGAAUAGAAAGUAAAAAGGUAAGCAUGUAGGAUUGCACCACAAGUACAGAGCUGCUACUGCCUCCCCAAUCCUUAAUCAUGAGGAAGUGAACACCUUCUUAGGGUAAGGAAAUACAGCAUGACACUUCCCUGGAUAAUUCUGCAGGUAUUUGAGGGGCCUCUAACAGUUAACUGGCAUGAGCAGCUGAUCUUUGCAGUAAAACUGAAAACAGACAGUGGGCUGUUAGAUUGGAUUCCAAAUCAUGUUCAUUGUAAUUGAGUGUUCACCACCAACAAUAAAGGACAAUAAAAUAUAAGAAGCAUA